AUGGUAUCCAACCUUCACUCUGUCGAAAUCCAGUAUUGUCUUCAACUCGGCCAGCUCGUAAUAGAAAUCAAUUCUGAAAAACCUUCGCCACUUUCGUCAGAUACAAUCUCAUCUUCUGCAACAUUUCCACAGUGGGCCCGAAGUUCUGAGACUACAGUUGUAAGAGAUGAGUUUGUGUGUUCCUUCGCAUGUGCUGAAGCAACGAUAUUGAACCAUUUGGCUGUAGGAAGCGGGGACUUCCUGCGAGUUCAUAGUCGUGCAGCACCCUCAACUACACAUCUCCUUGUGAGUUGCCAAGCUGCGGGUCAGCUCUCACAUAUCUCCUUUCGCAGAGCGGCUUUGAACGCUCUCGUUACUCUAAGUGGCGGCAGGAAGGGUAUCUUACACCUACAGUUCCGGUCUCAACCUCAGAGAUCGACACGAUCGACUCAUGCCCCCCAGUUACGCUGGAGGACGGCGUGCGGUCCUCAGGAGUUGGCGAGGAGGAAAUCGGAUUAUUGGUGGACUUGUUCAACUACUUCUACCCAGCAAUUCCAAUCGUCCGAGCGACAUCUUGCCCAGAAUGGUGGAAGGUGGGGUGGAAGUCCUCGCAGUCCUCGCCGAGACCCGAACAAUGGCAGCGAUCCUGGCGGUGGUAGCGGUGCUGACGAUGAUCGGGGUGAUAACGGUGGUAGCAGUGCUGAUGGUCGGGGCGGAAAGGAUGUGUUUGAUGACCGUGGUGGCUCGGGCUUUGGCUUCCGCGACAUUCAGUUCGCUAAAUCUCGCAGAGAUCGUGAUGAUGGCGCUCAAGAACCUACGACCCGUCAUACUGAUCCCGACUCUCACAGCACUUUAGCUGGCCGCUCGCCUGCACAACUCGUUGCAAUAUCCCUCUUCAUCUUCAUGGCCCUUGAUCAAGAAGGUCUCCCAACAUAA